AUGCACUUGUGUAAGGUGCUAACCAGUGUAAACUGCAAGCUAACCAGCUUAAACGUCAGUGACUGUGCGUUAGGAGACAAAAAAAUGAUGCUCUUGUGUAAGGCGCUAACCAGUGUGAACUGCGUGUUAACCAGCUCAAACGUCAGUGACUGUGCGUUAGGAGACAAAGAAAUGAUGCUCUUGUGUAAGGUGCUAACCAGUGUAAACUGCAAGCUAACCAGCUUAAACGUCAGUGACUGUGCGUUAGGAGACAAAGAAAUGAUGCUCUUGUGUAAGGCGCUAACCAGUGUGAACUGCAAGUUAACCAGCUUGAGUGCAAGUGACAAUGGCUUUGGGGAUAAAAGGUUAAUGUACUUGUUUAUAUUUCUGACAAGCAGUAACUGCAACUUAACCGGCUUAAAUGUCGGUCGUAACAGAUUAGGGGAUAGAGUAUUAAAGGACUUAGCUAGAACUUUAGCGAACAAGAACUGUAUGUUAACGAGCUUAGACGUCUGUUACAAUAAAAUAGGACAUGAAGGAAUUAAGUACUUGUGCAAAGCAAUCACCGAUACCAACUGCAAACUGAGAAGCUUAGGCCUCCGAGGCAAUUGGAAGGUAACAGACGUGGGCAAACAGUGUUUGUCUGAAGCGAUAACUGACACUGACUGGGAAGUCAGAGGAGGCCUGGUACUUUCCCUUUCCAAUUAG